ACUUUUAAUUCGACUCAUGUGACUCAAUGUGGAGGCAACCAAACUACCACGCUAGCUUGUAUAAACUUGCUGUAUGACCACAGAACUAUCAAAACGGGGCAAAAAAAGAAACUGGAUUAGUUGUAUCUCUUCUCACAGAACGGCUGUCACCAGGCUGAGGUCAUUCUGGAUCAGUGUUUGUGGUGGUAUAACUGCAACUAAUAGAAUGGCUUGUUGCGAAAUGCGCCUGCUUGUCAAAUAGUUAAUACUGAAGUUAAUAGCUAACUAGCUAGCGAGAUGUAGGGAGGUAGGUUUACGGUUUGCUUUAUUAAAGACCACAGUAUGUAUGCACUGUGGUAUAGUUUCAGCAAGCUAACGUUAACUAGCAACCCCAUCCGUGCUGCUUGUAAUCAAAUUCGCAUCCUUGGGACUAUAGCUAGCUAGCGCUAGUUGUCACUUGUUACAUUGUUCAUAAAAUUCGGGACGUCAUCGAGUCUUCUCGCCGCUUUCGCUUCCUGACACUGAUAGCUACAUGGUUUGGCCACAAUAAGCAGAAUAAACAGAACGUGACUCCACUCAACGGCACGAUGGUUCCAAGAAGUCGACUCUCAGCAGCUAACCGGAGAGGAGUGUUUUAGAUAGGCUAUGUAUCGUUUUAACACCGACCAGCCAUCGUAGGACUCGGGCUAUCAACUGUUUGGACACAAGCAAACAUAAUUUGAUCACUAUUGAUAGCGGGCUAACGUUAACAAUGUCGGGUACAAAUAUUUUGAAGACGAUGAAGUCUUUCUUCAAGAAGGAGCCAGAGGACUGGGAUCUGAGUGAUACGGCGGCAUUUGAUUUCUCUGAAGAACUGCCUGAGGAUGAUGUCCCCAAAUUUAACCGGCUGAAAGUUGUGGUGUCUGGAGAAAUGGACGAUUAUUCAGGAGGUGCUCAAGCAAAUGGAGCACCUGCUACCGCAGUUGUAGAUGAUGACGACUCGCUGUUGGGCUCCUCUUCCAGUCUCGGUAGCCCCAGGGUAAACGUGGACAGCUGUGAGCGAUGCAAGAAGAAAAAGGAACACACAAAACGAAUCAAAGUGAUGAAAAGGCUCGGUUGGGCUGCUGUUUUGUAUUUUCUUUUUAUGAUAGGAGAACUUGUUGGUGGUUAUGUCGCUAAUAGCCUAGCGAUUAUGACUGAUGCGCUUCACAUGCUAACGGAUCUCAUCGGUAUUAUUGUGUCCUUGCUUGCGCUGUGGCUGUCUUCAAAACCUCCGACAAAAAGAUUCACCUUUGGAUUGCAUCGUCUCGAGGUGAUUUCAGCUGCCAUCAGUGUCCUUCUGAUUUACAUACUGACUGGAGUGCUCUUGAAUGAGGCCGUUCAGAGAACCGUUCACCUGGAUUUUGACAUUAAUGGCGAUGUCAUGCUUAUAACCGCUGCAGUUGGCGUCGCAGUAAACCUAAUAAUGGGCUUCCUUCUGAACCAGUCAGGACACCUACACUCCCACUCGCACGGUCAUUCCCACUCGCACGGUCAUUCCCAGUCCCAGUCCCAGUCCCAGUCCCAGUCCCAGUCCCACUCCCACUCCCACUCCCACUCCCACUCCCACUCCCAGUCCCACUCCCACUCCCACUCCCACUCCCACGGCCAUGGUCACGGCGCUCCUCCGGAAGGUCACAGUGACCAGAACAAGGAAGCACAAGGAAGCUUGGCGGUCCGAGCUGCCUUCAUCCAUGCUCUGGGAGAUCUUGUGCAGAGCGUUGGGGUGCUCAUAGCAGCUUACAUCGUCCGCUUCAAGCCCGAAUACAAGAUAGCCGACCCUAUAUGCACAUAUAUCUUCUCCAUCCUGGUGCUUUUCACAACCGUGAGAAUCGUAAGGGACACGGGAAUCAUUUUCCUUGAAGGGGUUCCACGGCACUUGGAUCUGACCACAAUCAGAGAAGACCUGUUGAAACUGGAAGACGUGAAUGCUGUUGAGGAACUGAAUGUGUGGGCUUUGACAACGGACAAGACUGCUGCUCUGGUGCACUUACAGCUUGAACCAUCCAGUGGCAGUCGAUGGGAGGAAGUUCAAGCCAGGGCUCGGCACCUGCUGCAGGACACACAUGGGAUCUACAAGUGCACCGUCCAGAUGCAGUGCUACACACAGAGGUCCCCCAACAUAUGCAGAAACUGCGCACUUCACUCCACCGCCUGAAAACAAGCCUUCCUCUCAAGAGCAGCCAUCUCUUCCUUCUCAGCAGCGCAGCUGGUGCAUUAACCAACGCUGAUGUGUAGACCAAGUUGUCUUCUUAACACGCUGGUACUAAGCCGGAUAAAUAUCAUAUGCAAUGACAACAAAAAAUUCUACUGAGAAGAUUACCAAAGGACAUUAAACUGGUUUGCUUUGACAAAUACACGUGUUAAAUAAAGUAUUUGUUGGGAGAUGGCCCCACGGCUAGUAUUUUAACCUGCACACACAGCCUUUUUUUGUUGUUUGGAAAAAGAAAAAAAGAAAAAAAACAUUUAUUUUUAUUUUUUGAUAAAUAUCUUUGCUACACCCUGGACGUGUACUGUAUAACCUAUGUUAACAAUCUGUUUUUGUUUUACUUUUUUUGUUGCUUUUCAAUUACUGCAGACUAGGACUAAUACAUCCGGUCAUACUAAAAGGUCCAGUCUUACUGUCUUUCCCUAUCUGCAUACUUUGAUCUUUUUUGUUUUUAUCCUUAAAUUUGAUUCCAUUUGGUAAUGGGUGUUUUUGACAGCCCUCAACAUAAAUGCUACAAUAUCUGUUUUAUAGCAGAGCCACAAUGAGUGCUCACUAUCUAUCCAACAGAGCUCAUCAGCUGCCAGCUCAAAGAUUCUAGCAUCGUAAUGUGCUGAAAUGACAGAGGUUUGCGCAUCUGUUCUUAUUUCAAACCAUCUCUGCUAUGUGGGUUCAGCCUUUUUAUCUUUUUAUGGUGUAAAAUUUAUUUAAAAUAUAAAUAAUUGUCAUGCAAACCACACCUUCAGUUGCACGCUAUUUGUUAUCAGGUUAAAGUUGUUCUUUUAAAGUGGCUUACAACAUGAAUGACUUUAACACGGUAAGCUAAAAAGGAACAGCACUUUCAUCUGUUGCACUGACAAUCUCACCAACGUCAUAUUCUGUUUGUAUGCUCGUGCACACUCAUGAAAUGUAAGGCCUGAUGGCCUCUGUAGUACUGUACCUUUAGAAUUGUCUCCCUUUGAAUGACUUGGCAGGUUUGUAUGCAACAAUGCUGGUGGUUUUAACUGAAAAGGUUUCUGUAACCCCUUAUGUGGCAGUCCAUGUGCUACCUCCCAAGGAACACAAUAUUAAAUGCAGAAGUAUUAUUCUUUUCAAACAUUUCAUUUGAACUGGUGUGCACAUUUGCCAAGCAGGGUAUUGGAUGGUUGAUUAUUUCUUGGGUUGAGAAACAAAAAUGAGGUGUUAAUGUAAUGAAAAUCAAAUCAGUGUUUCCAUUGUCAGUUGUUGGUGGUGAUUGUUUUGUGAUUUGUCCGUCAGUCAGGACUUGAAAUAAUUCAGUGAUUUGCACAUUCCUCCAACUUGAAUGACAUGCAUGUCAUUGCCAAAUCUGUUUCUGCAGUGUUACUGUCCCUUUAAUUUGGUGACGCUUGUGUGUGAGACACUCCUACCAAGCUUAUUUGAUAGGCAAUAUUUAUGACACUACCAUUAUACUAAUAAUGGAUUUCACAACUGGGAUUUUGUCUCUGAAAUGUGAAUGACAAAAAUGUUGUAACAUUCUGAAAUAAAUAUUUGGAACAUCUAA